AUGGCAGCAGACAGCAGCAUGGCUCCUGAGGAAAAGCCGAGCACUGCUCCUUUGAAAAGGGCUGUCCACAAGAUCCGAAUGGCCAGCAUGGUCUUCAGCUUGGCACGAGGCUGGCAGCAGUGGGCAUCUGACCACCACACAAAACAAGCCCAAGAGCCCUCUGGAUGGGUUGCCCCUGCAGAAGACUCAUCAGCCCAGUCUGUACAAGAGAGAUCCUUUGAAAAAUGGACGUCUGUCAAGAAGGACCAAAGAAAGGAUGAUGUAGAGUCCUCAGCAAAGGAAUCAGUGGCAAUACGAAAUGCUGAAAAAAAUUCAAGGGAAUCAGAUGAAGCCCUCAAAAAGUUCAACAUCAAAAGCAAAGAGGUGACCAAAACAGUUGUAAGCAAAGCCUAUGAACGAGGAGGUGACGUUAGCCUCCUCAGUGAAAAAUAUGAGAAUAACAAUAGCAGUUCCGAGAUGACCACGCUGAAAGAAGAAUCAAGUGCUGUUGACAAAAUUCUUAGUGACAAAUUAUCUCCGACCAUAAGGAGAAAGUGCUCAAACAUGGUAUCAGAGCUGACCAAGGGCUGGAAACAGAUGGAACAAGAGGACAAAGAGGAAGCUAAGAAAGAACUGCUGCUUAAGUGUCACGAUGACAGCUUGGAUGCAGCAGACAGUGGCUAUGGGGAAACAGAGGACAAACUUGAGCAAGAAGACAGUGACCCAGAGGUGACAGCUGUGAGGAUUAAACGACCUGUGCCAUCAGUCGCGAGCAGGUUUAGUGAUGAUGCACGCACCAAAGCCCGCCAGACACACAGCUCCGUGAACAGCCUGAAGGACAGGUGGCAGGAGUGGGCUGACCAGCACAUCAUCACGCAGAAGCUGAACCCCUUCAGUGAGGAGUUUGACCACGAGCUGGCCAUGGCCACGCGCCUGCACAAAGGAGAUGAAGGCUAUGGCCGCCCCAAGGAAGGAACAAAAACUGCUGAACGGGCCAAGAGAGCCGAAGCUCACAUCCACCGAGAGAUCAGGGACUUGUGCUUCAUCAUUGAAUCGAUGGCCAGGCCACGGCCUGAUGGCAAGAUCCAAGUCACCUUUGGGGAACUCUUCGAGAGAUACGUUCGUAUUUCAGAUAAGGUUGUUGGGAUUCUCAUGAGAGCCAGGAAACAUGGGCUGGUGGACUUUGAGGGAGAAAUGUUAUGGCAAGGGAGGGAUGAUAAUGUCAUAAUCACACUACUAAAAUAA